AUGGGGAAGCUCAACAGCUUUAUCAAGUUCGUCGUCUUCAACGCGAACGCUCUCUUGUUCCUCGGGGGUGUGGGGAUUGUCAUCGUGGCCUCACUGCUGCUGGCAGCAGAUUUUAUCAAGCUUGCCCAGACCUACAUGCAGACUCUGGGGAUAAUCACGAUGAUGGUCGGAAUCUUGGUCGCGGCCAUGUCCAUCAUCGGCUGCGUUGGUACCAAUCGACAAAUAGAGCGAGACCGACUUUGGAGCGGCCGGCGGAUACUAAGCCUGUACCAGCUGAUCCUGGUUGCCGUCGUGGUGGGACAAGGGGUAGUUCAGAUGAGGCUGUACAGCAUCGAGGUGUCUCUCGAAGAGGCGGCGGCUGAUUUGCCCAUCCAGCACGGAGAGUUCGAAGGCCGUUUUCGCGAGGGCUUCAACGAGGCUUACUUCGAACAGCUGUGCUCGGCGAGCGCGGGAGGAGAUUCUUGGGUCUGGUCUUUGGUAGAAGACCACUGCCCCGACGCCAUCUCCAGGGACGCCUGCUCUUGCUCGGACAUCCUCGAUGGCAGCGGACUUCCCGCUCGUUGUUCAACCCCAGAAACGUAUUCCGCAGAGGGUUGCUGCCCAGACGAGGAGUUCUGCGAAGCGGGCAAGGAGGAGGCCUGUCCUUACGCCCCGUGCCGAACGGGCAUAUUAGAGGUUCUCCUCAGCUACAUCACGCCGGCCAGGAAGUACUCUACGUUCGUGUUUGUGCUCGAGGGCAUGGUGCUCAUACUCACGUGCCUCCUGAUCUGCUACAACCCGAGAGACAGCACUGAGGACAUCCUCAUCAAAACGGGCACCAUCAUGCGCCAGCACCACAAACCUGGGGAAGGAGGGGGGGGAGAGCCAGACUCGCAAGUCGGCGAUCUUGAAGGGGCACCUGGGGGCGCCAAGAACCCAGCGGGCGCGUCCAUCCAUGCGUUAAGACUAGAUCUAGUUCAGCCAGCCGGAGCGGUAAGGCGUGCAGGAGCUGCGGGAAAACGGGGAGCUGCGGGAGGGAGCCCGGAUCGCGCGACCCCGGCGAUGUCACCGAUGGCCGUGGAAAACAUACCGACUGAGCCGCUGAGCCAGUUUUUGACCCCCAAACGCGGUGGAAACAGGAUAACGUAUGGUCCAGACUCUGGCGGCGAGGACGAUGGCGAGACGUACGAGUACCAGAAUCCCAGAAAAGCAACAGCAAGCGCCCCCGAGGGUUCCCGAGCGGCGCAGGACAAACGGCAGCACGGAGCCGGGGCCGCGGCCAUCGCCGCUGUGCCCACCCUCGCAGCCAGGCUCCUCCCGGGAGCCGCCCCGUCAAGACGCCACGGAGAAGAGAAGAGGAGCCAAGAACGCAACCACAGUUACGACUCCAGCGGCAGCGCCGAUGGCGAAGAGGAAAAGAAGAGGGAGAACCACGGGUGCGGAGGAAUCAUGGCAGACAUGACCCCGGUGUCUGCUGCAGCAGGUGACGAAAACGACGGCAGCGAGUUUUACCAGAAGUUGGGUGCCCAGACCCCUGCCGCACACUACGGAGGCGGCGGCGGCGGCGGCGGCGGCGAUCUCUUUGCAACAUCACGAACGUCACCGACACCGACAGGUGCUGCUUCCCGCCUGGAUCCCACUCGGUUUCUCACCAAUACCUCGUCGGUACAGGCAACGGCGGCAUCGAGGUACUUCCCGCACGGUGGCGGCGGCAGCUUCCAGGUACCGCAGUCCCCGAUAACGCCUGAAUUGCCGGGCGGCAACGACAGCGGCAACGCCGAGAAACCACCGCGGCUCGAGGGUCAGACCAACAUAUUGACGUCCCCAAUGUCAGCCGACGUGCCCACCUCCAUCGGUGGAGAGAAGCGAACGGUCGUUCCUUCUUCGUCUGGCCUGUCCUCCAAUCCUUGCCUCUUGUCCCAGCAAACCCCUGUCGCAUCGCCACGUGGCGGGUUGCCACCCACGUACCAGGAACACACAGACGCGGUUGGAAACGCGGCACACAGUGGCCGCCCGGCGUCUGCGGGGCACUCGGCGGGCGGGGACUCGUCCGUUGGCGACCCGACCGGCCUAGUUGCGUCGCUUGCCAACGCCCUCCUCGCCCGCGCCAACGCCGGGGACGGCGCGUCUCCAACCAACGACAGCGAGAACCAGCAGCAGGAAGAGGAGGCAGGGAACAACGACCCUUCUUCUACUCCCGCCGGUUUCUUGAAAGGGUUGAUGACACAGACGCCGCCGGGCGGGGCCUCUCCGGCGCGCCCUGAAAGAAGAACACUUCAACGCCGGCCAAGCGGGUCUGCCGCUUAUCCCCGGAGCGGGAGCGACCUGUCUCCUGUACUGUCCGCCCGCGGCACUCUCUUCCAAGCGGCAGAUUUCCCGGAGGAGGAGGAGGAGGAGGAGGAGGAGGAGGAGGAGGAGGAGACACUGUCUCAAUUGCCGGUGGUUGAGCCAGCAGCGAAAUCCUUGCCCCAGGUGGAGAUGAGCACGCCGGGAGAGGGGUCGCGCAUGUUUCUGGCCCAGACGCCGAUCACGUUAUCGAAUGCGGACGUGACGCGGCUGUACGAGUCCAAUGUUUCCACUGACACCGUGCCGAUAACUGCAGCAGGAGCUCCAGAUGGGGGAGCCGGGGGCGAAGAGAAAACGUCUGACACUACGUUCGGGCGGAAAGCUAGUACCUCGGAGCAGCAGCCGGUUGUCGAGGACGAAGUGCCCUCACCCGCUGUGGAGCCUGCCAACCAAGCACGCGCAUCGCCUCCGGGCAGCUCGCCACUCAACACGACACUGACCAACGGGGGAAAGGAACCGGCGGUGGUUGCUGGGGGUGCCCUCUCCGAUGGCCCCACCAGCGACGAUGCUACCACUCCCGCAAGUGCCACAGCAGCAGCCCCGCUUCCCAGCGCCAAACCGCAGAGCAGGUUCGCGCGCUUCCUUGAAAAGGCGUUGUAG